AUGCGUCUUUUCGCCUUUGGAUCAAACGGAUCAGGCCAAUUAGGAAUCGGCCAUCAAGAAGAUGUCUCCAAGCCCACACAAUGUCUUUUCUCAGCAGGCAUAGAGUCCAAUGCUUUAUCUAAAGAUCUAAAUGAGGAGAUCACCACCAUUGCAGCAGGUGGAAACCACACCCUCCUCCUCACAAGGUCCGGUGCCGUCUACGCAACCGGAGACAAUACAGAUGGGCGAUGCGGACAGACCUCAACUUCCAAUCAAAACAAUAGGCCAGCAGACGUCUUCAAUCGUCUUACUCUUACAGGUGCCUCGGGCCCAGUCACGGAAUUCACCCACAUCUCUGCAACAUGGGAAGGAUCCAUCCUUGUGACAUCAGAGGCAAGCGGCGACCAGGUUUACGUACUUGGCACGAACACGAAAGGUGAAUUGGGCGUCACAGAAGCGCUGGUUUCAAGCGCGGCGUGCGUUCCUGAUUUUCCACCGCCCGGUAUGCGAGUUACUGCGUUGGCGAGUGGGAUGGCACAUUCGGUUGCCGUGCUUUCGAAUGGAGAUGUGUGGGGGUGGGGCGGUGCGAGGAAAGGGCAGCUAGGGGACGAGAAUGUGGCCAAGAUAGCAAAGCCUGUGCGGAUUGAGGUUCCGUUCUUUGCGGAGAAGGUUGCUUGCGGGAGGGAGUUUUCUGUUGUUUCGGGUGGUGGGCAGUUUGUUGUUCUUGGUGAUCCGGGGAAUCGGUGGGGUAUCUUGAAAUUACCAGCAUGCUUUGAGGUUCCUGGUGAGAGUCGGUCGAGGGGGUUGAUUCGGUAUCCUUGUUCAGACAUCCGGGCUAGCUGGCAUGGCAUCUAUGUGCAUGCGGCGGGGCUGGAAGGUGGUGAUGCGGAGGAUGAAGUCGCGUCGCUUCUUGCUUGGGGUCGCAAUGAUCGCGGCCAAAUUCCACCUCAGACGCUUCCGUCCCCUGCUGUGCUCGCUGUUGGUAGUGAGCAUGCUGUUGCUCUUUUGAAGGAUGGUCGAGUUGCUGCCUGUGGAUGGGGAGAGCAUGGGAAUUGUGGGUCGGAUUUGGAUGCCCUGCGGAACGUAGCGGAUAGGGUGAACAUUAUCUCGCUCCCUGAAACUGUGGAUGGGAAGGUGAUCGGGGUCGGGGCGGGAUGCGCGACCAGCUGGAUGGUAGUGGAGUGA